CACAUAAACAAAUUUGUGUUCGUGUGUGUAUACGUGUGCGUACAUGACCAGAGAAUAUGCGAGGUAGAAGAUAACAACGAAGAGAAUGCAAACAAAAAUCUGUCAUCUUAAUACUGUCAAACCUGGCCUGGUUAACUCCUGUUCGCAUGAGACUACCUUUCUAAAUCCUCCUUGGCAGCAUGGUUGAAUUAACAAUGUUGGCUCACUUGCCCAACAACAACAAAAUCAACUGCACAACCCUAAGGUAAUGGUGUCGCAAAUUCCAAGAUCUUUACGGUUCACUACCUGGUAAUUAUGUCAUGGCAAAUUCCCACAAGGCUAUCAAAUUUCUGGAUACUUCCUAAUUGAAAUUCUAGAUUUUAUUUACAUUGUCAUGUGCAGCAGCCACAAUAUCAAAAGAUUUGUGAUUAAAAAUGUGGAAAUUAUAACUUAAAACAAUAAAAUGUGAAAAAAAGAAACAAAAUUUGAAAUUUUAAAAUUCAAAACCAAGCAUUUGACGUUCUAGUGGGAUUUGGAAACAACUCUGGAGUUGGACAAUUCCAUCAGCUGGGCAAUUGAGACAACCUUGUUAGUUCAACCAUGCACAGCUGUUUCAUAUUUACAUCGCCGGUUCGAAUUUCAUUUAGUUAAAAUGUAUUUCGUAAUAAAACUAACAAAACAAAUUCAAUAUUGUCGUAGUAUACGGAGGCUAUCGACAACUCAAUUGCUCUAUGGUACAAAGAAAAGAGUUGUAGUAACAGGAACUGGGGCCGUAUCGCCUUUGGGCAACAACUUACAGGAUUCGUGGCAAAAAUUGUUAAAAUGUGAAUCGGCCAUCUCGAGAUUGGGAGACGAAUUUAAAGGGCUGCCAUGCCAGGUUGCAGCGCAAAUUCAAAAGGAUGAAUUGCCCCUACAAGCUUUUUUAUCGAAAAGUGAUUUGAAGCUUAUGAGUCCCGCGACACAACUGUCGAUAUUAGCAACCGAGGAAGCAUUAACAUGUGCCAAAUUAAAUAUCAAAGUUUUAGAUAAUCAAAAGUUAGAACGUAUUGGUGUUUGUGUGGGCAUGGGAAUGUUUGAUUUGAGUGAAGUUUACGGUGCUUGGCAACAAUUGCAGCGCGGGUACAAUCGUGUCAGUCCCUUCUUUGUACCACGACUUCUGCCAAACAUGGCUUGUGGUCAUAUCAGUAUGAGGUAUGGCUUAAGAGGACCGAAUCAUUCUGUUUCUACAGCAUGUGCCACCGGUGCUCACGCAAUUGGAGACGCCAUGAGAUUCAUUCGAAAUGGUGAUGCCGAUGUUAUGAUAGCAGGCAGUGGUGAGUCCUGCAUUGAUCCCCUAUCAAUAGCAGGUUUCUGUAGACUGCGGGCAUUGAGUACGAACUUCAAUGAAGCACCUGCGAAAGCUUCCAGACCAUUCGACAAAAAACGGGAUGGCUUCGUAAUGGGCGAAGGUGCUGCUAUAUUAGUAUUGGAGGAGUUAGAGCAUGCUCUCGAACGAAACGCACCAAUAUUAGCGGAGAUUUUAGGCUAUGGUUUGUCUGGUGACGCUUAUCACAUAACAUCGCCAAGCGAAGAUGGUGCAGGAGCUACUUUGGCUAUGCAGCGGGCUAUAAUGGAUGCUCAAGUACAACCAAACGAUAUAACAUAUGUCAAUGCCCAUGCAACGUCCACACCAACUGGUGAUCGAAUUGAAGCUAGAGCCAUACAAAGAGUUUUUGGCGAGCAUGCUUUAAACGUACGUGUUUCCUCAACAAAAGGUGCACAUGGGCAUUUGCUGGGAUCUUCGGGAAAUUUAGAAGCUGUGUUUUUGAUACAAGGCUGUUACGAAAAUCAACUUCCACCAUCUAUAAACGUAGAAGAUAUCGACGAUAGUGUAGAGGUACAAAUUGUUACAAAACCAGAAACUUGGUCCCAGGAUGAACACAAAAGACGUGUUGCGUUAAAAAAUUCAUUUGGAUUUGGCGGUACUAAUGCUUCGCUAUGCAUUGCUAGUUACAAUAAUUGAUUUCAAUGUCACACAUAAUUCAUCUAAAUUGGAGAAACUGCAAAAUGGGAAGCAUUUCUUAAUCUGGUGUGUUCUGUGAUUCACUUUCAGUUUCCCCUUAAAUCAAUUUGUCACUAUCACGCAAACAAAAAGUUUAAAUUAAUUCAGUUUUAUCCUUUUUUUUGUUUUAUCUAAGAAAUCUCAGAAUGAAAAUUUGGAAAAUUUUGAAACUUUAUUAACAUGAUAAAAAGCUGUUAAUUUUAGGGGAAAAGUGGAACCCAGAACUAACAGGAAUAGUUUUUGUAUAUUGGGAUUAGGAUGUAUAAGUAAAAUUUUAAAUAAAAAAUUUAUUUUUUAUUGUCCUUUGUCAAUACUUACAAAUAUA